AUGGCGAGCAACUUUUCACUCUUCACAUCACUGCGGUUCGAUAUUAAACUGAAGCAAGUCCCAUCCAAGGGACUCAAAUACGCGGGAUGGAAUUACCAUAAUGAAUCACCUCUCUACAUGCUCGACUUUCACCGGGAUCGUAUUCUACGAGCUGCCACCCACUGGAAGUGGGACAAGGUGAUUGAAAAGCUGUCUGGGGAUGAAGGCCUUACAAACCUUGCCAAAGCAGCUGAAGAUGCAGUUGGUCCUUCCGAGACUGGGCCAUUUCGACUACGAAUCUUGGUCACGAAAGAAGGCGAGAUUACAUUCCACAAAUUCGACACCCCUGCACUAGAAAUCGGCAACUUCUUUCCAGAAAGUCUUCCUGCGCCAGGAUCAUCUCCCGGCCCGAAUCAACCGCAAGUGCCUCCUCGAUUCACCGUUGUGGUGGAUAAUGUCGACUCAUCGAGGUCGGAGUACACACACUUCAAGACCACUAAUCGAGCAGUGUACGAUGAUGCACGGACGAGAGCCGGUAUCGGUUCCAUCAGCCCUGCUGACCGUGUAGAAGUUUUGAUUGUCAAUGAAGAAGAUAACACCAUCAUGGAGGGCAGCACUACAACGCCAUACUUUUGGCGUGAUGGACGAUGGGUUACGCCCCCGGUGUCUGCCAAAUAUAGCAGUCAAGACGGUAGCGGUGGUAAUGACGGCACCUCGCGACGGUGGGCAUUGGAGCGGGGAUUGGCGGUUGAACAGGAAAUCAAGACUGGCCAACUUGUCGACGGAGAAGAAUGCUACAUCAGCAACGGCGUCAGCGGAUUCAGGGCAGGCUGCAUCAAGCUAUAG